GUUAAUUGAAACGCACAAACCAUACGAAGCUCAACCAUGUCCAGAAUAACGCGCUGUGCCUUUAUAUUGCUCUCGCUGGCCGUGUGCGGCAGCUGGGCCAUACGCUGCUACCAGUGCUCCUCGGACCAAGACCGCAAGGGUCACGACAGCUGCGGCGCCUACAAAAAGUUCAAUCGCACCGAACACAUUGCCAUCGAAUGCAACAGCGACGAGAGCCACAUGCCCGGCUCCUUCUGCAUGAAGGUGGUCCAGCAGGGACCCAGGGGAUUCAUCUGGGACGGACGCUGGCGUCAGGUGAUACGUCGCUGUGCCUCUGUCUCGGAUACGGGCGUGACGGGCGUCUGCAAUUGGGGCGUCUACGAGAACGGCGUGUACUGGGAGGAAUGCUAUUGCUCCAACGACAGUUGCAAUGGCUCUAGCCUGCUACAAAUGCACGGAUCUCUGCAACUUUUGCUGGGUUUCCUUCUGAUGGGCGCCGCCGCAAGGAUUGUGCGUCGCAGCUAAGAGGCGGAUUACCACAAACGACAAAAAAAGACAGCCACCAAUAGUGCCUUUACCCACUGCUCUUUAUUUAUUACAUUUUAAGCCAAGGAAAACUUUUUUAUAACGAAACACAUUCCGUCCACUUUUCCAUGUCUAAAUCUAAGCCAGAAAGUUGUACACUCGGCGAAAGAGCCUCAAAUCGAAAUAUACACUAGUAUAGACCAUA